UAGCGCACGUACCAUGGAAAAAGGAGCACCCGAGGCUGUCUUACCGGCACACAAACUUCAUUAUUGCGAUUUUUGAGGGAGGAUUAUUGCACUUUGUUCGUUCGUACAAAGCAACUGCAUUAUUCUAGCGGCAAAAAGAUAGAAGUAUAGCGAGAGAGAGAGCGGCCUGUGAAUGCAAUUUCUAAACGAGAGCGUAUUGUUUACCUACAAAUUCAUCCCUGCUUUUCACCUGGCAUGCGGGCAUGCGGGCAAACGGCAGAACUGCCUUCUUGUCUGACACAACCAAUUCAGACGUUAAAGUGAGCACACGUACAGCUGUAUUUUAUUUAAGGAAUAACUGCGAAUCUAUUGCGAAAUUAAGUAAUAUUAAAAUAACUGUUAUUUGAUUGCAAAACAAUAAAACAAGAAUCAUGGUAGAAGGCGGCAGUUUGAUUGUUUGCUAUCGGAAGCAAAUCAGUAACAUCAAUUAUGCGCCCACAAAUCGUUAUGAGCAGAUCAUCAAGUUAAUUAUUCAGCGCUUCAAUAUACCCGCCGCACAUGAGACCGCGUUGCUGAUCUCCACCGAAAAUGGCAGAAUCUUUGAUAAACUGCAAUUUGACUACUUUCUCACGCUCUUUCCGAACCCCAGCAUUGUUUUCUACAUACGUUAUGAUUAUAAUCGUGCAGUCAGCCUAUUGCAGGGAACGCAGCCGCAACAGGAAAUUGUAAAAAUAACAAUAGAGUGUAGUGACAUACAAAUGAAGAAGAAAAGUGAGAACCGACUGGGUGAAGAUGAGCAAAUGGCAACGAAAUUUACACCAGUCUACCGUAUGGAUUGUUUCAUCUACGAAUAUCCCACACCAACUAUAAAACUAACAAAUGACAGUGUUAGAAAACAGAAACCUAUCAUGAAGAAACAGUCACCGCGCAGCGAAUUUGUAAAGCGUGUGAAGAAGCGUUUGCAAAUGGGUGAAUUGAAAAAGCGCACAAUUAAACCUUUGGAGCAAGUGAAACGCUUUAUGCGGCUGUGAACGAGGGAAUGAGGUAGCAAAGCUCAGCGAUUGAGAACUACCCACAAAAGUUAUUUAACUUUGAGCUGACUGUAUACGACUAUAUUUCUAUUUAUUCCUAGUUAUUAAAUUAAUGUAAGAUAAUGAACUGAUUUAAUCAUAUACUCAACGAAGCAAAGCAAUCAAAUAUUUAUGUACAUACCUAUAAACCUAUAUACAUAUAAAUAUAGUAUUAACCUUAAGUAUUUUUUUGUAAACCGUUAUUUUUACACUUCAUAUUGUGCACAUUCAUUAAAGAAAAUAUACGCGAAA